AUGUUGUUUACUCUGCCCAAAGCUACACUGACUGUAAAACCCAACCCUGUGUUCCCUGGAGAGACAGUUACUCUGACGUGUUCAGUAGAGUCUGACAGUAUCUGGAACUAUCAGUGGUACAAAGACAGGAAUGAUAAUGUAGUAUCCCAGUCUGUCAGACACACUAUAACAGGAGACACCCUCACCAUCAAUGGAGCAACAGUGAAUGAGGGUCCCUACUGGUGUCAGGGAAAGAGAGAGUCCAGACCCACUUCUUCAUCCAUCAGUGAACCUGUUACUAUCACCGUCAAUGCUCUGCCUGUGGCCUCAGUGAGUGUCUCUCCUCAGGGUCUCCUCUACUCUGGAGAGACAGUCAGUCUGCAGUGUGUCAUACCAGGCUACACAGACUGGACGUACUACUGGUACAAAAACAACCAACAUCUUCCUGAUGAGACCAGUGAAGUCAUCGAUAUCAUCAUCCACACCACUCAGACUGGUCAGGCUGGUCAGUACAGAUGUGAGGGGCUGACGACAGAUCGGCACCAGAGGUCACAACCCAGUAAUGACGUCACCAUCAGUGUCACUGCUCUGCCCAAAGCUACACUGACUGUAGAGCCAAACCCUGUGUUCCCUGGAGAGACAGUUACUCUGAUGUGUUCAGUAGGGUCUGACAGUAUCUGGAACUAUCAGUGGUACAAAGACAGGAAUGAUAAUGUAGUAUCCCAGUCUGGUUACAGCAACAUUGGAGUCUCUCACACCAGUAGAGCUGAUGUGUCUGACCAGGGUCAGUACUGGUGUGAAGGGAACAGAGCGUCUAGACCCACAUCUUCACAACCUAGUGGUCCUGUCACUCUCACUGUAAAAGCUCUGCCCACCGUCUCAGUGAAGAUAGUCACUCCACAGGGUCUCCUCUACCCUGGAGAGACAGUCACUCUGCAGUGUGACAUAUCAGACUACACAGACUGGACGUACCGCUGGUUCAGAUACAAUAAAGAGCUUCCCAGUCAGACCAGAAAAAACAUCACCAUCUCUCUGCCUGACCAGGCUGGUCAGUACAAGUGUGUUGGGAGGAGGAAAGGUCGGCCCCAGAAGUCAAAUCUCAGCUCAGCUCUCCCCAUCAUCAUCACUGCUCUUCCUAAAACUACUCUGACUGUGAAGCCAAACCCUGCAUACACUGGAGAGACAGUUACUCUGACCUGUUCAGUAGGGUCUGACAGUAUCUGGAACUAUCAGUGGUACAAAGACAGGAAUGAUAAUGUAGUGUCCCAGUCUGGUUACAUUAACAUUGGAGUCUCUCACACCAUCAGUAGAGCUGAUGUGUCUGACCAGGGUCAGUACUGGUGUGAAGGGAACAGAGUGUCUAGACCCACAUCUUCACAACCUAGUAAUGCUGUUACUCUCACUGUAAAAGAUUAUCAGCCAAAGACCACACUGACUUCAGACAAAGAGAACGUAUUCACAGGAGACAGUGUGACACUGAGCUGUACUGUAGAGUCUUCUGGAUGGAAGUUUUACUGGUACAGACACAGACUAGACUCUACACCAGUAACCACAACCUCUGGAUACUCCUACACACUCAGCUGGGUCAGUGUCUCUGAUGGAGGACAGUACUGGUGCAGAGCUGGGAGAGGAGACCCAGUCUACUACACCCUGUACAGUGACCCAGUCCAGAUAAACAUUACUGAGAGACCUGUAGCUGUUCUGGUCCUCCAACCCAACUGGACCCAGAUAUUCAUUAGAGAGACUGUUACUAUGAGAUGUGACAUACAGGGAGGAGGAGACUCUGACUGGAACUACAAAAUGUAUAAGAAUAGUCAGUUAUUGCUCCCCUUAAACACAAAGUCUGAGUACAGAAUCAGUUCUGUGUACAGGUCUAACAGUGGUUCAUAUACCUGUGUGGGUGUAAAGGGAAGCACGUUCUCCAAGACCAGUGAGGCUGUAAAACUGACUGUGUCUGAUCAACCCAAGGCUGUCCUGAGUAUCUCUCCUCAGUGGCUGAACCCUGGAGACUCAGUGUCUCUGAGCUGUGAAGUUGACAAGACGUCUGCAGACUGGAGGUUCUCCUGGUACAGGACUGUUCCCUACAGAGCUGGGUUACCCUCCCUAUCAGACAAGUCUUACUCUCUACAGCCCCUAUCUGACAAUGGGACUAGUGAAGACUCCUACACUCUGAUCCCUGCUGGUCCUACUCCCACAGGAGGAUAUGUGUGUAGAGCUGGGAGAGGAGACCCAGUCUAUGACACACUCUACAGUGAACCUCAGUUUCUCUGGUCAGGAGAUCUGCAGCCGUCAGUGUCUCUUACAGUAAAUCCCAACAGAAGUCAGCAUUUUAGAUGGACAUCUCUCUCACUGAGCUGUGAGCUGAAGGGGAACUCUACUGGAUGGAGACUGAUGAGAUACACAGAGACAGCAUGGCCGUCAGAGUGUCCAUCUACCUGGAGAGCAAUAACAGAAUACACCUGCACCAUCAGAUCAUUGAACACAUGGUACAGUGGAGUGUUCUGGUGUGAGUCUGGGUCAGGAGAGUACAGUAAUGCUGUCAACAUCACAGUGAACGAUGGUGAUGUGAUCCUGGAGAGUCCUGUCCAUCCCGUGACUGAAGGAGACUCUGUGACUCUGACCUGUACAUUUAGAUAUCAGGGAACAAAUCCUAAACCCAAGACUGAUUUCUACAAAGAUGGAGAACUCAUCAAGAAUGAGACCACAGGAGAGAUGACCAUCCCUACAGUAUCCAAGUCAGAUGAAGGAUUCUAUAAGUGUAAAUCUGAUGAAGGAGAAUCACCAGAGAGCUGGGUGACAGUGAGAGUCUCUCCAGUCGUAUCUCCUGGAUCCUCUACAUCAGUCCUAGUAGGAGUGGUUGUGGGUCUGGUUGUUGCUGGUGUUCUACUGGUCAUUCUCCUGGUCCUGCUGGUGAGAUAUCAGAACAGAAAAGGUUCCUGUUUCAACAGAAUAUUCUGGCCCCCUCAGCCCCAGAGAACCUACCAGGAACCCCAACAGGACCAAGGAUCUACCCAGGGCCAGGCUCCUGAUACUGUUUAUAUAGGUCUACAUGGUCAAUCUCUCAACCCAGACCUCUACCAGUCUCCUCUCUGUAAACUCAUACCAUGACUCAUCAACAUGCAUUUUUUAUAACAACCAGCAUUGUGGACAAAAUCAUUUAAAUUCUGGUCAAUUCAGAAAGUAAACCAAAUUCAUUAUACUUCCUAAAUUGACUGGUAUUUAAAUGGAAUUGAUCCCAUUUAUCUCAAUUGAUCCCUAGUCAAGCUUAGGAUAACCAACCUAAAAACCAAAACAAAAUAUCUU